AACUGGUCUGGUCCGGUCCUGAUCCAACUCGAAAAAACAACACACUCCCUUGUUUGUUGCCUCUGUAUAAAACAUGCUUUAACACGUGUUUUUUCAACCUCAUUGCCUCCGAGACUUUUCUUCUCACGCAGUUGCUUUCCUUCUUCUCAGUUCUUCUUCUAAAGAAAGAGAGAGAGAGAGGGUGUGUGUGUGUGUGUUUUCACUUCUCAAUGAAAGGGGAAGUGAAAAUGAAGUCAAAGAUGAAAUGGGUUGGUCUGUUUGGCCUUGUGCUUUCAGCCUUCUCCAUCUUCAUUCACUUCCUCCUUGCUAGAUUCACACAAAUGGGUGUUGCAGACUAUGACUCCUCAGUCACAAUCUUCUCUUGGAGACCCAUCUUUGAGAAACCAAUUCUCCCCACAAAUAGUCCCUCUUAUAGAAGAUUAUGGGGUCCUGUGAAGCGCCUUGUAUCACUGUAUCCGGAUUCGAAUCCGCGGGGAUAUUAUGCUGAUCCUGUUUCACAAACAAAUGGGUUUAUUUUUGUCCGGAUACAAGGUGGUUUUCAUGAGAUCAGGAAUUCGAUAGGUGAUGUUGUUGUGGUUGCUCGACUUCUCAAUGCUACAUUAGCUAUGCCUGAGAUCCAAUCAACAACCAGCAGCAAGGGAAUAAGCUCUCAGUUCAAGAGUUUUGCGUACCUGUAUAAUGAAGAUCAAUUUGUCCUCUCGUUAGCAAAAGAUGUCACAGUUGUGAGAACUCUUCCGAAAGAUCUAAAAGGUGCAAGGAGAAAGAAGGAGAUUCCUGUGUUUAAAGUUCCAUAUGCAGCGUCACCUUUUUAUUAUUUGCGUCAUGUUCUCCCUGUAUUAAAAAAGCAUUCAGUGGUUGAACUAGUUGUUUCUGAAGGUGGAUGCUUGCAGGCCACUCUUCCUCCCAAUUUUGAAGAAUAUCAAAGGCUGAGGUGCAGGGUUUCUUUUCAUGCUCUUCAGUUUCGACAGGAAGUCCAGGAACUUUCUGCUAAGAUUUUGCAGAGGUUGCGAGCUCCUGGCCGUCCAUUCAUUGCCUUUGACCCUGGCAUGACUAGAGAAUCUUUAGCAUAUCAUGGCUGUGCAGAACUAUUCCAGGAUGUACAUACUGAACUUAUUCAACACAAACGAUCUUGGAUGAUAAAACGUGGGAUUGUCAAGGGGAAGCUUCCAGUCAACUCAGCUGAAGCAAGACUAAAUGGCUCCUGUCCUUUAAUGCCUCAGGAGAUCGGUAUUCUUCUGCGUGCCUAUGGAUACUCAAGGGAUGCAAUAAUAUAUGUGUCUGGGGGAGAAGUCUUUGGUGGUCAAAGAACAUUGAUUCCUCUUCAUGCUAUGUUUGAAAAUGUUGUUGAUAGAACUUCUCUAAGCACUCCUUGGGAGAUGAUUAGGCUCUAUGGGCAAGAGGUAAACCUUGUUAGUAAUCCUGGACCGCCACCUUUCAUUGAAGAAGUAACGAAGCGUGCAGCUUGGAAGAAUGCAGGUCCACGACCCCGCCCUCUUCCUCCACCUCCAGCAAGACCCAAAUCAUACAACAUAGAGGGUUGGUGGGGUUGGGUAGCUGAGAGUGAUAAUGAGCCUGAUAGUACAGUUAUGGAACUGAGGACCAAUGCCCAUAAAUUACUAUGGGAGGCUAUUGACUAUGUGAUUUGUGUUGAAGCUGAUGUAUUCAUCCCUGGAUUUGACCGCGAUGGGAAGGGGCAUCCAAAUUUUGCUAGCUUGGUGAUGGGGCACAGGCUAUAUCAGUCAGCUUCAUCAAAGACAUUUAGACCUGACAGAAAGGAGGCAGCUAAACUUGUAGACGAGAUUUGUGACCACAUGUAUCAGGCAAAUCAUACAUGGCUAAAAUCAGUUCGCAGGCAUUUGAGGAAAACAUUACUCGAUGGAAUUAUAGAAGCAUCAAAUAAAUCAAAAUCACUAUCCUUUCUCUCUCAUCCGGUCCCUGAAUGUUCUUGCUCACUGCGUGACUCCUUUUCUGAAGUAUCAAAGAAUUCUUCUGGCCCUUCAACUUCCCAAUUAUGGAAAUCUCUUGGCGUUGCUCACCGGUGUCCUGCAUGGAUGGACACUGGUCCAGUUUCUCAAUCAAAAGACAAGGAAAAUGAUGAUGAUGUAGAUGAGGAUGAUUCUGUAUCUGAGUUAUUCUUUAGACAAAGUUCUGAAAAUCAUGAAGGUGAUGUAGAAUUAAACAACAAUAAAGAAGAAAAUCAAUUUGAGGAUCAAGAAGAGGAGGGUGGGGAAAGAUGACAUCAAGUUCAUGUGUUGAUGGUUCAUCUGACAAUAAUGGAUUUGCAUUCUUCAGAUUCAUGUACAUGUACAUAAGCAAUUGUUGCUUACUGGAUUCAGUUUUGGGUGAGAGAAACACUAAAGCCAUUUAAAUGUGGCUCUGUAGCUGUGAUAAAGGAAACAUGUUCACUAGCCGAGAAUCAUCUGUAUGACAUUAGUGUUUCUUUUUUUGACUCAAGUCCUCAAAUAUAUAGGCUAAUUUGUUGACCACAUGGCAAUUUUGAUGUAACCUUGCAUGAUCUUCGUAGUUAAUAUCAUGUAUAAGUUCAGUUUGAAUUCUUUGCUAGUAAAUCUUCCUGGUUAUCUCUGCUGCUCA